CAGACCGAGCCCGGACCAGUCGGGGGGCGUCGCGAUGCUGCUGCGCCUGCUGCUGGCCUGGGCGGCUGCGGUGCCCACACUGGGCCAGGGUCCCUGGGCCACCGGGCCCCACGCCGCCUGUGGCCCGGACAGCUGCUAUGCGCUCUUCCCACGGCGCUGCACCUUCCUGGAAGCCUGGCGGGCCUGCCGAGAGUUAGGGGGUGACCUGGCCACACCGCGAACCCCUGAGGAGGCCCAGCGCGUGGACAGCCUGGUGGGUGCCGGCCCAGCUGGCCAGCUGCUGUGGAUCGGGCUGCAGCGGCAGGCCCGGCAAUGCCAGCCGCAGCGCCCACUGCGCGGCUUCACAUGGACCACGGGAGACCAGGACACAGACUUCACCAACUGGGCCCAGCCUGCCACAGGCGGGCCCUGCCCGGCCCAGCGCUGUGUGGCCCUUGAGGCAAACGGCGAGCAUCGCUGGCUUGAGGGUUCUUGCACGCUGGCUGUCGAUGGCUACCUGUGUCAGUUCGGCUUUGAGGGCUCCUGCCCAGCGCUGCCAGAGGAGGCUGGCCAGGCGGGCCCAGCCGUCUACACCACGCCCUUUCACCUGGUCUCCACCGAGUUUGAGUGGCUGCCCUUCGGCUCCGUGGCCGCUGUGCCCUGCCAGGCUGGCCGAGAAGCCUCUCUGCUCUGCGUGAAGCAGCCUGGGGGCGGUGUGCGCUGGUCACGAGCUGGGCCCUUGUGCCCCGGGACCAGCUGCGGCCCGGACAACGGGGGCUGUGAGCACGAGUGUGUGGAAGAGGUGGAUGGUCGUACGUCCUGUCGCUGCGCUGAAGGCUUCCAGCUGGCAGCAGACGGGCACAGCUGUGAGGACCCCUGUGCCCAUGCCCCAUGUGAGCAGCAGUGUGAGCCCGGGGGGCCACAGGGCUACAGCUGCCACUGUCACCUGGGUUUCCGGCCCGCCGAUGAUGACCCCCACCGCUGCGUGGACACAGAUGAGUGCCAGGUCAUCGGCGUGUGCCAGCAGAUGUGUGUCAACUAUGUCGGAGGUUUUGAGUGCUACUGCAGCGAGGGCCACGAGCUGGAGGCCGAUGGCAUCAGCUGCAGCCCCGCGGGAGACAUCGGUGCCCAGGCUUCCCAGGACAUUGAGGACGAGUUGCUGGAUGAUAGAGAGGAUGAAGAGGAUGAAGAGGAUGAAGAGGUUGAAGAGGAUGAGGAGGAUGAGGAGGAUGAAGAGGCUGAAGGUGAGAAAAGGGGAAACAUCAAUGGUGACUGGACAGGGAUGCCUGGGACCCCACGGAGGAAGGCCAUGCACCCGCCUGACUUUGGCCUGGCCUAUAGACCUAGCUUCCCAGAGGAUGGAGAGCCGCAGAUGCCCUACCUGGACCCCACCUGGCCACCCCCUCUCAGUGCCCCCAGGGCCCCCUAUCAUUCCUCAGUGCUCUCUGUCACCCGGCCCGUGGUGGUCUCUGCCACACGCCCCACGCUGCCUUCUGCCCGCCAACCUACUAUUAUUUCUGCCAUACGCCGACCCUUGGCCCCUGCCCCUCAGCCCCCCAGGAUCUCUGCCAUGCACCCAGCUUUGCCGCCUGACCACCAGUUCCCCACGAUCGCAGCCAAUUAUCCCGACCUGCCCUCUGUCCACAAGCCUCUCAUUAUCUCUGCCACUCGCCCAGCACGGCCCCCUGCCCACCUGCCCCCAGUGAGCUCAGCCAGACACCCCGAGCUGUCCACUGCUCACCAGUCCCCCAUGUUUCCAGAAACCCAAGUGGCUGAUACUCAGAACACCACUCCUUUGCUUCGAAUCCCAGCAAACCACACCCUUCUGGGCACCCCCUCCAGCGCCCAUCACCCCCCCGUGACUCCAGAUGUCCCAGUCCUCAAAUCCCAGGCCACCCACCUUCCCAUAACGUCGCCUGCCCAGCCGCCUCCGAUCACGACCUCCAGGUUCCCUCUGCCCACUGCCCAUCAGGCCCGUGCGCCUGCCGCCGCCCAGCCCCCAGUCCCCCACACUCGCCUGCCCCCGCAGACCUCCGCGAACCGGGCCGCUCCCGCCAGCCCCACACACGCCUAUUCUAAAGCCCCACAAGUCCCAAGAGAAGAUGCCCCUGAUCCCAAGCUGACCCCAUGGCUGUCCUCAGCAGUCCCCUCCGCAGUCCCAACAGCCCUGGGGGAGGCCAGUACUGCGGGCCGAAGCCGGAGAGAUGACCGGUGGCUGCUGGUGGCACUUCUAGUUCCUACAUGUGUCUUCUUGGUGGUCCUACUAGCACUGGGCAUUGUGUACUGCACCCGCUGCGGCCCCCACGCGCCCAACAAGCGCAUUACGGACUGCUAUCGCUGGGUCACCCAUGCUGGGAACAAGGGCCCAACGGAACCCAUGCCCCACCGGGGCAGCCUCACAGGGGUGCAGACCUGCAGAACCAGCGUGUGAUGAGAUGCAGCACACCACUCCAUGGGGUGGGGGAAGGGGCAUGCAUUGGACACAUGGCCGAGGCUGCACCAGUGACCCAUGCAGG